AUGCUUGCCGACGGCUCGCCCGAGGCCAUCCUCCUCAUGGCCGAGGACGACGAGAUCCCCGAGGGCGCGCCGCUGCUCGAGUCGCUGCUCCAGUGCGCCGCCUCGCUCCUCGACGCGGCGGGCGGCCUGCUCGCCUCGCCCGAGCACGCGCACGAGCGAGAGGCCCUGCUGGCCGCCUUCUCUCAGCAGGCGGUCGGAGCGCUGCACCAGCUCGUCGCCGGAAGGCCGGUGGCGCUGCGCUCGCUUGUGAGGAUUGCCGCGCACCUGCCUGCCAACCACGUCCCCCUCUACACCGACACGCUGCGCGACAUCGCCUCCCAGCGCGACGACGCGCCGGCGACCGUCCUCCGGCCGCUGCUGCAGUGCGCCGUCUCGUGGAACCUCGACGCGGCGGUGCUCGCCGCCGUCGUCGCCGCGCUCGCGCCGAGCGCGGCGGCGGCAGGUGCGGGCGCCAAGCGCGGCCGCAAGGGCGGCGGCGCCAAGGCGUCCAGCAGUGGCGACGCGGCCGCCGAGCUCUCGCCCGCACUCGCGCUGCGCGUGCUCUGGUCAUGGCUCGAGAACGCCUCGACGCGCGACGCGCUGCUCACGCGCACGCCGCCCGAGCAGCUGGCGGCACUGCGCGACGCGCUCUCCGCGACGGCGGAGGCGGAGGCGCUGGCCGAGGCGCGGCGGGCCGUCUACGACAUCAUGCGCGGGCAGCUGCUGCUCUCGGUGCUGCUCGCCGAGGGGUCCGCGCUGGGCAUCUACGACGCGAGCCUCGCCUCGGCGGUGGCAGCGUGCGUGGAGGGCGCGCUGCGGCUGGCGGCCGACGCGGGCGGCGGCGGCGAGCUGUACACCGGCCCGCUCGGCCAGCUGCUGCCCCACGCCGCCAAGCUGUCCUACCAGCUCGUGCUGGCGGUGCACCAGCACGCCGCCUCGGACGUUGCCCCGCUGCUCGGCGCGCUGCUCCGCUUCGUCGCGUCUUGCACGCUCGACGUCCUCAUUCGGUCGCCCGUGUGUGAAGCGUCCCUCAAGCGUUGCGCCGCCGAGCUCGCCGCCGAGGCAGCCGCAGCCGAGGCGCCGGCGUCGCCCUCCAGGCUAGGGGCGGCCGUGCCAAGCUUCGCCCAGGCGAGCGGGCGGCUCGCCCGGGCGCUUGGCUGA